GUGCGCGCACCUGCGUUUAUUUUUGGCGCACGCACACCCCUCUGUAGCCUCAAGGUCGGCGACAACCCUAAUCAGUCGGGGUCCCCCGCCCACCAGUGCUCUCCCGCCUACCAAGGACUCGGGAAGGAGGAAGUUCCCCAGUGGUGGCGGGGCAUCUUGGGGAGCCCUGCAAUUUCAGCACUGUCGUACUGGAGCAGGGACAAGCAGAAGCCUGUCCACAAAGGUGUGGACUUGGACCUUCACGAGUGGUCAGCCAGGGCCUUGCUGAUCCCAGCCGUGCCCCAGGCUCGCUGCCCACCUCCAGGGGCUCCUUGCAGCCCCCUGGCUCUCUUGGCCAGCUUUGACGGAAUUUGUCUCUGAGAAGCAGCUGGUCCUGGCCAGAAUUCCUGGUCCAUCUCAAAUGGAAACAGUUCCUCCGGAGGGAUCGGCUGGCAACCUCAGUGGAAAUGCACUGGGGCUGGGCCCCCUGGCGUGUUUAAGCAAGGCCAAGCUUCCCACUUUGAGGCAAGGGAUGCUUCAAAUGGAGCGGGAUUCCUGGUUGCAGACUGAGACUCUUGUAAAGAGAAUUACAAAAGGAUGGGAUCCAGCAAGAAGCAAGGGGAACCUAAGGAAUGGAUUGGGCUAUAAGCAGUAGUGACAUGGUCUUCCACCUCUCUGAGCACUUCUUGGAGAACUCUGAGAAGUUGACAGAAGAGUCCGGGUGCUUCUUCUUGUGCUCCUCCUGGUCUGGAGGAAGAGGAAAAACAGAGAAGCCGGCUGUCUGCGGUGGCUAAGCAGCCCCUAGACCCUGAAACAAACCUCCUCUACUCCUCCAAAGUAGCCCUCGGACCUACCCACUCAGGCUGCUGGACCGCCUGAGCGCCAGAGUCCGGGACCUAGCGGCCAGGGGCGCCAGCCCCUCAUGUUCGGGAGAACGUGCAAAUGUGAGCAGGCGCUCCCGGGGAAAGCCCUCCGCCCCCGCCAGGGGGACCCGGGAAGCCCGAGCGGGCUCCUCCCCGGACGCCGGGGAUCCCCUCCUCCGGCCCCGCCCCCCUCCUCCCCCUGCCCCGGCGUCGCGAGGUUAACCCUAUCCGCGCCGUGGCGCUCUGGAGUAGGAGCGACAAUGCCGCCAAUCCCAAUUGUGAGACUCGGGGAGUUAGGCGACCGGGACAGCUUCCUGCUCUGGGUCAGAUGUGAUCCCUCGGUUGCCAAGCCAGGCUUCCGGCACUGGCUUUCUCCCAACGCAGAUACAUUCUCAUAGGCAGUCGCUAAACUUUGUUUUUAUUCUCCCCAAAGCCGGUGCCCCCGCAUUUACUUGGCUUGCAGCAGCCUGCAGCCCACUCUCAGCACGACGAUGGGGGAGACACAGUGGGGAGAGCAGGUGCUGCCUUGCAGCCCUACGAGGCUAGAGGGCGGGAGAGUGGCUUGGGUUUCUCACUGUCUGGGCACCUGCCCCAUGACCGGGGUGGCCAGACGUGCUGCAGUGUCCCAGGCAGGUCCUUCGGGUCAGCACGUUCCGUACCAGUCAGGGGGCUGUGGCCGUAGAGCGAGAGCUACCGCUCUCCCUCCCACCUCUGCAGCCCGCCGGUGUGCAUGGGGUGGGGUGGGAGGCUCAGUCUUCCUAACCAAGGUCCCGGACGCGGGCGAUCCGCAGGUGGCAUCCCUGCCCUCAAGUACCCUCAUCCUGGCCGAAGCAGGCCUGAGCCCCCAGGGGUUUUCAUUCUGCAGGUUCCCCUCCCAACCCCUCUCACACAUGCUCCCCUUAUCCCCGCGCGCCCCAAACUCAGUCUCGGUCCCUGCAGGUGAUGUCAUGCCCAUUGUUUUGGUGCGCCCAACCAAUCGGACUCGCCGCCUGGAUUCUACCGGAGCCGGCAUGGGCCCUUCCUCGCACCAGCAGCAGGAGUCCCCGCUCCCGACCAUAACGCAUUGCGCAGGGUGCACCACCGCCUGGUCUCCCUGCAGCUUUAACAGGUCUGACAUGGAAACCCCAUUGCAGUUCCAGCGCGGCUUCUUCCCAGAGCAGCCGCCGCCACCGCCGCGCUCCUCACACCUGCAUUGCCAGCAGCAGCAACAGAGCCAGGACAAACCGUGCGCGCCCUUCGCGCCCCUCCCGCACCCUCACCACCACCCGCACCUCGCGCACCAGCAGCCGGGCAGCGGUGGUAGCAGCCCAUGCCUCCGGUGCAACAGCUGCGCCUCCUCCGGUGCCCCGGAGGCGGGGGCGGGGGCGGGGGAUAACCUGUCCCUGCUGCUCCGCACCUCAUCGCCCGGCGGCGCUUUCCGGACCCGCACCUCCUCGCCGCUGUCGGGCUCUUCGUGCUGUUGCUGCUGCUCGUCGCGCCGGGGCAGCCAGCUCAAUGUGAGCGAGCUGACGCCGUCCAGCCAUGCCAGUGCGCUCCGGCAGCAGUACGCGCAGCAGCCCGCGUCCGCCUCCCUGUACCACCAGUGCCACAGCCUGCAGCCCGCCGCCAGCCCCACAGGCAGCCUGGGCAGCCUGGGCUCCGGGCCCCCUCUCUCGCACCACCACCACCACCCGCACCCGGCGCACCACCAGCAUCACCAACCCCAGGCGCGCCGCGAGAGCAACCCCUUCACCGAAAUAGCCAUGAGCAGCUGCAGGUACAACGGGGGCGUCAUGCGUCCGCUCAGCAACUUGAGCUCGUCCCGCCGGAACCUGCACGAGAUGGACUCAGAGGCUCAGCCCCUGCAGCCCCCAGCGUCGGUUGUAGGAGGAGGUGGUGGUGCGUCCUCCCCGUCUGCUGCCGCCGCCGCCUCAUCCUCAGCCCCAGAGAUCGUGGUGUCUAAGCCGGAGCACAACAAUUCUAACAACCUGGCGCUCUACGGAACUGGCGGCGGAGGCAGCACCGGAGGCGGCGGCGGCGGCGGCGGCGGCGGCGGCGGCAGCGGGCAUGGCAGCAGCAGCGGCACUAAGUCCAGCAAAAAGAAGAACCAGAACAUCGGCUAUAAGCUGGGCCAUCGGCGUGCCCUGUUUGAGAAGCGCAAGCGGCUCAGCGACUAUGCGCUCAUCUUCGGCAUGUUCGGCAUCGUGGUCAUGGUCAUCGAGACCGAGCUGUCGUGGGGCGCCUACGACAAGGCGUCGCUGUAUUCUUUAGCUCUGAAAUGCCUUAUCAGUCUCUCCACGAUCAUCCUGCUUGGUCUGAUCAUCGUAUACCACGCCAGGGAAAUACAGUUAUUCAUGGUGGACAAUGGAGCAGAUGACUGGAGAAUAGCCAUGACUUAUGAGCGUAUUUUCUUCAUCUGCUUGGAAAUACUGGUGUGUGCUAUUCAUCCCAUCCCUGGGAAUUAUACGUUCACAUGGACAGCCCGGCUUGCCUUCUCCUAUGCCCCUUCCACAACCACUGCAGACGUGGAUAUUAUUUUAUCUAUACCAAUGUUCUUAAGACUCUAUCUGAUUGCCAGAGUCAUGCUAUUACAUAGCAAACUUUUCACCGAUGCCUCCUCUAGAAGCAUUGGGGCACUUAAUAAGAUAAACUUCAAUACGCGUUUUGUUAUGAAGACUUUAAUGACUAUCUGCCCAGGAACUGUGCUCUUGGUUUUUAGUAUCUCGUUAUGGAUAAUUGCCGCAUGGACUGUCCGAGCUUGUGAAAGGUACCAUGAUCAACAGGAUGUCACUAGCAACUUCCUUGGAGCAAUGUGGUUGAUAUCAAUAACUUUUCUCUCCAUUGGUUAUGGUGACAUGGUACCUAACACAUACUGUGGGAAAGGAGUCUGCUUGCUUACCGGAAUAAUGAUUAAGAAGUGUGAAGAUGGAACAGAGGAAACUGAAUGACCAAGCGAAUACUCUAGUGGAUCUGGCAAAGACCCAGAAUAUCAUGUAUGAUAUGAUUUCCGACUUAAAUGAAAGGAGUGAAGA